CAUCAUCUAAACAAUAUCAAACCUAUGCCAAAGCUCUUUUCAGAGCAUGUGAGCAGGCUUCCAUGAGUCGGAAACACAAUCUCUAAAGUCGCUCAAUAAGGCUAAAUAUGGCGCCAAAACGACAAAAAUCCGCGCUUGCACGCACUCCUAACAACCAAGAUGUUAAUAUGAGUGAAGGUACGGCUCGCAAAAACGAGAAGUCUUUAAGCACAUCGAAAGUGAAUAGAAAUACACAUGACAGAUCCAGUCCAAGUGGAGAAGAUGACGACUUCGAAGAGGAUGAAGAGGAAGAUGAUGAUGAAGACGAAGAGGACGAGGAUGAAGAUGAUGACGAUGAAGAAGAGGAGGAUGAAGGCGUAGAUGACAAUGGAGGAUUCGAUGAAAAGUUCCUUGCACAACUAAUGGCUAUGGAUCCGAUCUUCUCAAACAAAAAUGGGCAGCCUGCCGUCUCAUCGCAAAUGACUUUUGAAACGCCAUCGAAUGGCACAGCUUCCUCGACAAACAAGGAUGACCCCGUGUCCACGCGCCCGCUUCCUGCUUCGCAUGGGACUCCGUUUCCGAAUAUGCCUGCUUAUGCUUCUGCUGCUUCCACUCCCUCAAAUGAGUUCUACGAUGGCGCGAUCAAUUUUUUGACAGAGGUCUUGGGAUCGUCUGAUCCUUCGAUGUGGAAUAGCGCUGAAUCACAACAGAAUCAAACUGGAUGGCCUGCUGAACAACAAUUCACAACUGUACAAACUGCUGCAAGUCCUGCACCUACGCAAGCUCAAUUCAAGAAUUUGCAACCUUUGAUUGGGAAUCUAAUCGCAAGGCUUAAAGGGCAACCUGUCGAUGAAUCAGAGCAAGGGGCAAGAGUGUUGGAAAAUGAUCUUGUAGUUUUAUUGCAGAGUUUGAUGGCCCAAAGACAAGCUCAAGAGGAAAGGAAGAGUACGCAGAAAUCAGACAAAGGACAAAAAGAUGCCACUCCACGAGCCGAGGUACAACGCAAACCAGCACAAACGCCGCAACAACCUACGAUUUCUCAACCGAAUGCUGCCUUUCCUACCAUGGAUGAGAUAAACGCACUUGCAGCAUCUUUCCCGAUCAUGGCAGAUGCAAAUGCAAAUGCGACGCAGCAACCUCAGGCUGGAUUCUCCAUUGUUGAUUUUGACUUUGGCGAUGAUGAUGACGAUCCUGAUUUUGUGCCCAGCAACCUCAAUUUGGCGCAGCCUUUUGAUGAAUCAUCACAAGCGCUCGCACAAGCUUUGGCGAGUACGAAUGGUCAAAACGGAAAUACGGAUGCAUGGCAACAAAUGAUGUCUUCGUUCGGCAACCCAGGCUCUACUCCGGCUGGUACAGGUAUGGCUGCAGGCAUGCCCAUGUCACCUGCAGGAGGAGGGGAAGCAAGACGAACGAGAUCGGUCUCAAAGAAUACAGACAACCAAACACUAAGUUCUGCAGCAUUGAAACAGCUUGACAAUUCAAUACCGCCCAAUACAUUGACCGAAGAUAGUAGGGAAGAUGGCACAAGUUCGACACAUGAAAGUGAAGAGGAAAAUCCAAAAGGAAAGAAACGUAGGGUUUACACUACGGAAGAAGCCUUGGAAAGAAGAAGAGAAGCAAACCGAGAAUGUGCACGAAGACAAAGAGCGAAAAAGAAAGAAGAGACGGAAGCGAUUCGAAAGGAGUUGGAAAGGAUACAGUCUUUGGGGAUCGGAGGAGCAAAGGUGGGAUCUGAGAAUAUAAUUGAUGUGACGCAAGCUUUAGUGGGAAGAAGAAAGCGCGGUAGACCUCUAGGAAGCAGGAAUAGAAGAACGAUGGAAGAUAUGAAGAGAUAUAGCGAAGAAGUUGAACAGGAAAACGAAAUGGCCGAUUUACGCGCUGAUAAUCGAAUGCUACGAGCUGAAAUGCAUCGAUUACAAGAAGAGAAUGCUAAACUUCGAGCUAAUGCAUUGCGUCAUGAAGAAGUGAUGCAAAUGAUGGGCGAACAUGACUUGAUCAAAAAUAAAGAGAGAAGAAACGGGAAACGGAUAUCGUACGGAGGUCGUUCUUCACACCAGGGAGGAAGUCCAAUUCAUGAUGGAUUAGACGAAGGAGAUGAUUUGCCGAACAACUUGUCGAACACUCAAGAUCCCGCUGGAGAUUUCUUAGCCUACAAUCCCUUCCGCUCAUUUCAGCGGGCGGGAAAUUCUCAUUCGGUGAGGGAAACUGUUGAGUUGCCCCCACCAUCUUCACUACGUAGACAAGAGCAAAACAUUGAUUCAGGUUUUCAUAAUCCUCGUACAGGACCUCGUGGAGUGCCUGCACAUCGAGCGAUUCACCAUCAACAGCAAUCUUCUAGGGUUGUUGGAAAUCCAAGGGAUUCCCUGCAAGAUCUCUUACAAGCAGCGGCUACUGAGAUGGGAGGAUACGAUUAUACUUGAGCAUCGGAACGGCUAAUACUGUAUUUAUAGAUUGUAUAAUAGACGGAUUCUUAUUCAAAGACAUAGAGGUAUAUUGACAGUUUAU